ACCGCGGGACGCCGCCAGGGGCCGGGGACAUCCCACCGCGCGGCCCCAGGAGGCCGUCGGCGAGGGGAAGGGCUGAACCCAGCGCGGGGCCUGGCGGCGCCGUUGCCUAGCGACAGCCAAGCGGAGCCUCCCACCGUUGCGGCUCCGCAAAAUGGCGGCGGCGGCAGGCGGCGGCGCCUCUUCUUCGGCCCGGGUGUCCCUCCGCCGGCCCUCCGCAGGCGCCGAGAGGAGCAGCAGCAGAAGCGGCAGCGCCGCCGCCUUCCUGGCCAAGGAGGAGGAAUACAAUUUCAAUUACGGAGGCCUGAGGAUGUGGACACACUGCUUGAAGAAGUGCAGGCGUGUAAAUGCAGAAUUAGAAGCCAAGACAGCAGAACUGGUACGUCAGGCUGAAGAAGUCAUGAGAGGCCCACAAGAAAUGUUGUCCAGGCCAGCAUCUCCACAGGUUGAAUUAUUUGACAGCGAGGCCAAACAUCUGAGAAAUUUAUGGUCGCCUAAAUUGCUGCCAGUUCCUCUUACAGUGACUAAGCAACCAAACAAGAAGAAGUCUAGCCCUGUGUCUACAGCUCUGACUAGGCCACAAUCUGGAAAAAAGCAAAAAGGAAACCAGUCAAGCACAAAACUAAGACCACGCGAUGUCCCAAGUGCUGCCGAUGUUGCAGUCCCAGACUUCUCUCUUGCCAAGACAAUUGAGACAAUUGAAGUGCAACUUGAAGAAGGAAACUUGCCUGAUCUAGAAGACGAUAUUCUUCCCACUGCCGGAAGUGAAAUUGGAGCAGAGGCCCAAAUCCGAUUCCUAAAGGCAAAGCUUCGUGUCAUGCAGGAGGAACUGGACGCCAGAGGAGUGGAAUGCCGUGAAAAGGAUGAGAAGAAUCAGAAUUUAAGCAGCUGUCUUAAAGAAAUGGAAGAAGAACAUGGGAGGCUGCAGCGAACAGCUAGUUUACAGCAAUCUCAAAUACAAAAGUACAAAAUGCUGUCAGAGGAAGCAAACCAAAAAAGUGAAGGGUUGCAGCAGAAGGCUUCUGUGGUAGAAAAGGAACUGGACAAUCUGAAGCGCGCACAAAAGCAGGCUUCAGCCAGCCAGAGUACAAUGGAAGUGCGCUUAAACAGAGCACUUGAGGAAGCAGAGAAAUAUAAAAUGGAAUUGAAUAAACUGAAGCAAAGUAACAAGGAUUUAGUCAACCAAGGACAUAAAAAGCUUGAAGAACUGAAAAUUGAAAAUAAGAGGCUGGAGAAACAAAAAGGAGAGCUGAUGACAGGUUUCAAGAAACAAAUAAAGUUAAUUGACAUCUUAAAGAGACAGAAGAUGCACACUGAAUCUGCAAAGAUGCUUUCUUUCACUGAAGAGGAGUUUAUGAAAGCCUUGGAAUGGGGAAAUUCUUAACACAAUCAGUGUGCAGCACUCUACAUGAUGAGAACAUGAUUAGCAUUUAGCACGAUUGUGGCUCAGGAUAAUACAUUUAAAAGUGGAUCAAUUAAUUCUUAAGUUUUCUGAAACCCUGGAACUUAUUAAAGUUAGCCCAACGGGUUGUACGCAAUACUAAUCAUACUAGAGUAAACCCACUUAAAUUGAUAAACAUGACUAACUUGGUCCAUCAAUCUCAAUGAGCCUAUUCUGAGUAGAAUUUAAAUUGUAUACAACCCAGUAUCUCUUGUUUAGUCUACCCUCUCCUUCCUAUCGUUGCUUUUGCCAGCUCCCAUUUCUCUCACCUUGCUACAUUUACAAGAAUCUGGUUAUGGCUGCUGCUGUUUUCCAGAUUACCAAGAACAGCUCGAAAGCUUGGGGUGCUUCAGACAUUGCACUGAAACCAGACUGCCUUUAGUUUGUUUCACCAAAAGUUUAGUAAAUCCAUUUUGAUUUUCAAAAUAAAGUCAUUAUUUACUGGGUUUCUGUCCUUUACCUUUAUCUGCUUAACUUUCAAUUAGUAAAAAACAAGUAAACUGACAAUUGUUUCUGAGCAAGGCUACUAAUUCUCUUA